AUGCCCCACUCACCCCCAUCCGAUGACCAACCGCUGCGCGCGCAGCUGGCCGCGCUGCUCGAAGCGAAGGAAAAGCAGCUGCACUAUGCAGGCACGCUCGGGCAACGCGUGCUCGAGCAGCAGAUGGAGCUCGAAGCGCGCGUAUCGGAACUGCGCGAGCUCGUCGACUCCUCCUCCAACGGCGGCCGGGAUUUGGGCGCGAGCUCGAGCGAGGACGACACCCCCGCGCGAUUGGGUAGCAGUCGGAACGGCAAGGCGAAGGCGAAGAAGGAGGGAGGAGGAGGGGAGAUGGACAGCGAGGCGCGCGAGCGCUGGCGGGAGCUCCGCGCCACGGUCGAGCAGUGGGACCGGGAGAACGCGCAGUUGAGCGAGGAACUCGCCGCGACCGGUUUGCAGCACCAUUCACCGCCCACGAACGGAGUCUCCACUCAGAGCACGCAAGACCAGCUCGCGCACCUCGCCCAACUCGCGAGCUCCAUCUCGUCCGACGCACCGCCCGGGUCCGGCCUGCCCUCGUCGUCGACGCGCGACUCUGUCUUCACGCUCGCCGACCUAUCCCGUGGCUCGGCGGACCUGUCUGCACUCGGCGACCUCUCGCGCGAGGAGCCCGCCUCGGGCGUGGGCGCCAAGACGGCGAGCGCCGCGAGCCAGAACCGGCGCGCGAAGAACGCGGCGCAUCGCCAGAACGAUGUCGAAUUUGCGUUCGAGAUCGGCUCGGGCUUACUGACAGAGGUUCGCCGGCUGCAGUCGCUCCUCGGCGAGCGCGAUAAGGCGAUCCAAGACAUGAAGGAGGAGAAGGAUGACCUCGAACGCGCCGCUGAGGCACUCCGCAAGGCUUUACGAAGCGUCGAAGCGUCUGCCGACAAGUACAAGGAGGAGAACUGGAACCUCGAGGUCGCGCUUCAGGAGCUCCGCAACGCACAUUCGACAAGCCAGGCAUCGCUCCUCAAGCUGGAGUCGGAUCACAAGCGGCUCACGAAGCAGCACGAGAAGGUGCUCCAGGUCAGCGACGGGCACAAAAACGAGAGCGAGCGUCUCCAGGCCGCGUACGACGAGCUCAAGGCGAAGCACGAGACGGACGUUGCCCAGGCCCGGAAGCACGCCGCGGGGCUCAUGCGCGACAAGCAGGAGAUGCAGAUGAAGGUCGACGAGCUCCAGGGCGAGCUCGCGCGCCAGGCGCGCCGUCUCCUCCCCGGCGGCCGCUUCGGAUCCCCGCUCACCCCGGACGCGCGCACCCCCGCGGACGUGCCUGCCACCCCCGCCGACGACGUGUUCGCUUCCGGCGCCGUGGGAGGCGGGAUGUCGACCAACCGCCGGCGCGGCGGCGCGGACGCCUCCGCCGUCUUUGGCGAAUUCGGCGAGUUCUUGGGUCCGGGCGACGAGGACGAGGAGGAGGAAGACGAGAGCCCGUCGAAGCGCCGGUUCUUGGCGCCGAAUCACCCGGCGAACGAGCUCGAGGCGGCGCGGCAGCGCCUCGCGCACGCGCAGCGACAGAUCGGCGCGUUGAAGGGCAGCUUGAGGAGGGAGAAGGAGGCGCGGAUCGAGAUGACGCGGAAGAUGAAGGAGGCGGGCAAGGAAGAUGGGAUCGUCGUCGUGCCGGGCGACGCCGAGUGGGAAGAGGAGGAGGCGACGGAGGGCGGUCUAGGAGAAAGAAAGUCGACGCCGUUCAAGGCCGCGCGCGGACGGGGACGUGGACGCGGGGUCACCGUCAGGGGACGCGGACGCGGCAGAGGUAUCUUGACGCUGCAGCAGCGCCUUGGGCUUGCGGCGCAGAGCUCGCCCGGCAGCGAGUGGGCGGAGGACGACGUGCUCGACGGCUCGCCUGUCCCCCCCGUGCCCGCCCUACCGCGCGAGUUCGCCGACAUGGAAGACGAGGAUGAAGAAGCGUUCGGCGGCGUGGAGGACUCGCCCCUGAGCAAGCGCGACAACCGGACGAGCGUGGACGGCAUGGAUCCCGCGUUCGCGAAUGUGCUCCGCCGCUCGGCCUCGGCCUCGUCGCUCCCGCAGAAUCCGUCGCCACUCCGACAACAGACCCUCACAUCGUCCGUGCGCGGCCGCGGUGGAGGCACCGUCGGUCGCAGGCGCGGCGGCGCAGCGUUCCAAGAGGCGCGCCCGCCGAGCUUGGUAGGCGCACCGGAGGCGCUUGCGAUGGAGCUCGGUAUUGGCAUGGCGUCGCUCGAGGAGGAUCCGAAACCGGAGAAGGAGUACGUCGACUUCGGCGCGCAGACGGAGGCGCCAGAGGAGGAUACGGUCGUUCUCGACAAGCAACAAGUUCCCGCGCCUGUGGCAGAGGAGAAGGUGGAGGCACCGGUGGUGCCGGUAGUGGAAAGGGCCGAGUUUGGCGUGCAGGUUGAUCCGGAACCGGUGCCCGCCCCGGUGCUGGUGCCAACUGUGGUGAGCCGCGAGUCGUCAAGCCAAACAGAGGUGCCGCCCGCGGUCGCCAAGGGCGAAAUGGGCAUCCAACACGAUCAGCCUGCCCCUGCCCCUCCAUCCGUACUGCUGAGCGUGCCAAGUGUAGCCACGGUCGACAGCGAAACGCAAACGCCCGUAGUGCCUGGCGCGUUCAAGAACUUGGCGAACGCGGAAACUCAAACGCCCAUCGCCGCAAAGGACGAGCAGGCUGAAACGGACGAGUACGAGCGUUCGCGUCGAACGACCAUCACCCGCGCCGACCUGCCCAAGCUUGCACUCUUCGACCGGAGCGGCGAUACUACCAUCACUCGCCCUCAGAGCCAGCGCAUCGUGGAGCAAGCAACCGCUGAAUCCGAAUACGGUGACGAUGGCACUGCGACCGAGACAGGGCCACUGUCUGACACCGAGCCGGAGACAGAGACAGAGAACGAGCAGGAGGUAUGGACGGACGCGCGGCAGAGCGUGCUUCUCACCUCCGCCACUCAAAGCGAAUCCGGCGCGGACGACUUCCAGAGUAUCAUGACCGUCACCGACAACGACUAUUCGGACGACGAAGAACGUUACUCGUUCCGGGGUCCCCCAUCGGCGCACGGUGCAUCGCGCUCCAGCCUGCCGCUUUCGACGAGGCAAGGCAGGGACUCGGAGCGUGGCCCCGCCAGCGCCGGCCCAAGCGCGCCUCCGAGCUCGUUCCAGUUCAGGGCACCGCGAAAGACGAGUAGGGCACCUUCGGUCGCAAGUUCGUACGAGAGCAAGGGUGUGUCCGCACAGGUAGAGGAGGAGCCGAAGGUCAUCAUCAAAGAGGUGCCGGUUGAGGUUCCCGUCGAGGUACCUGUGGAGGUCAAGGUCCUCGUCCCUGCGCCCAAGCCCGAGGUCAAGGAAAUGUGCAUCCAGACCGACGAAUGGGUACCGCCCGCUCCUGCUGCUGUACCUGUCCCAUCAAGCCCAGGGUUCCACAGGAUCGGUUCGACCAGCCAGCAAUUCCAGUUCAUCUCCCCGCCCCCACCGUCGUCUGCCCCGCCGUCCAGCAUGGUCACGCCGAUCCCCGCAAUCGUUGGCGGUCCGCACACGCGCGAGGCGAGUGCGCCCGUGGCAGCUGCUGCCGGCACCUUCCUUCACCGGUCGCGUACUAGUGUCUCGGAACGUUCCGAGAGGCGUCAGUCGAUUGACUCCACUAUUUCCUCCAUCCUUGACGUUGACGCCAACGGCGUUGCUCGUUCCCGCACGAGCUCGGGCACACCUCUAAUAGACAAGUCCCGCCCACCCAUGAUGGUCCUGCCGCCUCCGCCAAGGGCGCCGCCUCCGCCGACCAGCAUGCCCCCACCGUCCUUCAUCCCGGAACGGAGAAUACUCGCGUCGAGUACGUCGUCGAACGAGGCUCCGCCACCCAGACCUUUGUCCCCACCUCCUCCGGAGCUCAUCAAGCGUGCAACGACGCCCAGUCUCGGUGUUCCCGGACGAGGCUACUCGCUUCGGUCACCGGGCUCAAGCCUACCCCCUUCGCAGAUUCGCCAACCGCCUUCUACCAGCAGCUUCCGCUCCGCUGCCAACGCCGCCUCGCACGCGCAUUACGCCAACGCGGGGCCCUCCAUGCUUACCGCGUUUGGCAGGCGCGAGAUGUCCACCACCUCAUUGGGUACCGACUACGCCUCGCCGCGUUCUUCGAUAUCGUCAGACCACAGAAUGCACGGCCUACCGCCUACCCCGGGUACGCCUAGCAAAUCCGGAAACAUGUCGGGUGCCGUCGGUUCAACCGAUCCGGCCGUUAUCCACGCCAUCACGCAGACUAUGAUCGGCGAGUUCCUGUACAAGUACACUCGACGCACCAUCGGCAAAGGGUACGGCGAGAACAGACACAGGCGCUUCUUCUGGGUACACCCAUACACGAGGACGUUAUAUUGGGGUUCCGCGGAUCCCGGUUCUGCGGGCGUCUCAGAAUCCACUGCGAAGAGCGCGUACAUCGAGGGUGUGAGAUCCGUUCUCGAUCCUAACCCCAUGCCGCCCGGUCUUUAUCAAUAUAGUGUCGUGGUGUCUACACCUCAACGCGAGAUGAAAAUCACGGCUCCUACCAAGGAGAGGCACGAUAUCUGGUAUAACGCCUUGAAAUAUCUGCUCACGCGACCUGCGACCUCCAUGGUAGCGUCUCCUGGCCAAGGGCAAAACAACGUGCCCCCUGUCCCUCACAGUCCGUUGUCUGUCGAGCAUGGGCUCAACGGAAAUCUUGUUGGCAGUCCCGAGAGUCAACGCACGGGCCGCACCACAGGGUCUUGGAACACGACGCCCCGCGGACGCCGCAGUCAAUCUCAGCUAUCAUUCCAUCGCGGUUCUGUCGGAAAGAGGUCGGGCACGCCCGCUGCGGAGUAUCUGCGCUGGACGGAACAUGAGAGCCCAUACAGCCCUGGAAAAUCAUUCGAGCACGUACCAGGGGGCGACGACGAUGACGAUCUCGACUUCGAACUCAACGACGACUCCCGUUCCGAUGGCGGCUUCGAGGGGCUGGAAAAUGUCCGAGCAUGCUGCGAUGGGCGGCAUACGGUCGGACGCUCCGGCGUCAUCCACCACCAUCACCAUCAUCACAACCACCAGAACGAUCGAUUGGACCCUGGCGUAGCCGAAGCGGCUCGUCCCAAAUCCCCGUCAGGAUGGUCAAUGCGGUCAGGGCGCUCGCGCGCGGGCAGCACAGACGGCAGGAGCCUCUUCUCACGCUUUGGUUCGAAACGAUCCACGAAGACGGUACCUGUUCCCGUUGGGAACGAGCGGUGA